AUGACGGCGGAGGCCAAGGAGGACGCCAAGAGUGUGGAGGAAGUGAAGAAGUUUGAGGACCUCCUUCACCUGGUGGGGACUCGAGGCCGCUGGAACAUCAUCCUCUUCACCCUGUGUGCCUAUUCUACGUUCGUGUCACCAAUGCAGACUUUGUCCUACCAGUUCCUCGGUGCCACGCCUGAUCACUGGUGCCACGUAGAGUCUCUCGUUAGUGCCGGAUGGACCGAGGAUCAGAUUCUGAGCAUCGCCAUACCCGUCAACAAUAACACCGGGAAGCCAGAACACUGCUUGAUGUACAACAGUAACUUCAGCAGCGCCCUUGAACGGGGAUUCGAGUGGGCUCAAAAUAACCCUCAAAAUUUCGACCAGGGAGAAGUGGUUUCCUGUUCCUCCAGAGACUUCAACGCCACUCAGUACCGGUCGACUGUUACAACGGAGUGGGACCUGGUAUGCGAACGCCGCGUGCUGUACUCGACAACACAGGCGGCGGCGCAGGCGGGGAAACUUGUCGGCUACGUGUUCCUCGGCUACCUCCUGGACACCUUCGGCCGGCGCCCAGUGACCCUCGGCUGUUCAGCGUUGUCUAUUAUAUCGGGGUUCUUGGCUGCGGCGUCUCCCAACGUUGAAUUCUACAUCUUCAUCAAAAUCAUUAUUUCCUGCAUGAUGUCUGGCGUGUACCUGGGUUGUUUCAUUUCAGCUAUGGAAGCGUGUUCAGCCAAACAGAGGGAUUACGUCGGCCCUCUGCUUGUGCUUCCCUGGGCCUUGGGUUACAUGGUGGUGCCUGGCAUAGCGUACCUAAUUCGGGACUGGAAACCGCUGCAGGCUGCCCUCACAACGCCUGCCCUCCUGCUAAUUGUUUACUAUUUCUUGCUCCCGGAGUCUCCUCGCUGGCUCAUCCUCAAAGGGCGACACAAGGAGGCCCUCGAAAUCCUGCAGAAGGCGGCGAGACUCAACGACAGGACCCUCCCGAGCGACCAGCAAGUCAUCGCCGCUAUGGGAAGGAUCGCAAACUCGGACACGAACAAAGAAAACCAAGAAAAGGCGAAAGAAACCAUACCCCAACGAGCUCUCAACGUAGCGAAGACAUUUGUCAUCCUCCUGACGACGCCAAGCUUACGUCUUAGAGCUCUCAUCGCCUUCUUCUGCUGGUUCGCCGCCUCAAUGGUCUACUACGGGGUGGCUCUGAAUGCUACGAACCUUAGCGCGGAUCCCUACAUAUACCUCUUCUUAGGAGGACUCAUGGAGGUGCCCUCAUACAUCUUAUUGUGGCCCGCUAUCAAGUUCCUCGGGAGAGUCAAGUCCUUAGCCAUCCUGUACUUCGUGUGCGGCGCUUCCAUUAUCGUCGUGAUGUUCCUUAUGCUCUAUGUCCCGACAGUGCCCGUGGGAGUGACAAUGUUCUUCUCCCUCUGCGGCAAGAUGGCCAUCACCGCCGCCUUCCACCUGAUCUGGCUCUUCACGGCUGAGUUGUUCCCGACGAAGUACCGUUCCCUCGCGGUCGGGGAGGCCAGCGUGUGCGCGAGGAUUGGCAGUAUUUGCUCGCCGUACAUCAAUGACAUCCUGGGCGAGGUGGUGACAUGGGCGCCCUCAGCCCUUUUCGGCAUCGUGUCCUUGGUCGCUGCCGGACUCUCCCUCCUCCUGCCAGAGACCAAGAACCGGGAACUCCCCGAGGCGGCCGAUUUCUUCGAGAAAAAGGGGGAGGUCAACGUCGCAUACGAGGGGAAAGUGGAGCUGUCGUGAGGGAAUUCGCUCCCUGGUUGUUCCUUGACGUCGCCGGGAGGGAUUUCCGUCCUAAAUCGGUCUUUGGUUGUUCCUUGUUGCCGUCGUGGUGGAACUGUGAGGGAAUUCGGACUUUGGUUUUUCUUUGACGUCGUCGUGAGGGAAUUAAAUCACUGGUUGUUCCUUGUCGUCGUGGGGGAAUUUUGAGGAAAAUCGGUCCUAGGUUGUUCCUUGUCGUCGUCAUGGGGGAAUUGUGACAGAAUUCGGAUUUUGUUUUUUUCUUUGACGUCGUCGUGAGGGAAUUAAAUCCUUAGUUGUUCCUUGUCGUCGUGGGGAAAUUGUGAGUGAAUUCGGUCCUUGGUUUUUCCUUCACAUCGUCGGGAGGGAAGUAAAUCCCUGGUUGUUCCUUCUCUUCAUCGAGAAGGAAUCCUAUCCAUAGUUAUAUUUCCAAUUCGGUUAUUUUAUUUAGUGGAAACAGUGGUGCAGUUUAUGGUUAUGAAAUCUGUUACAGUUGAUCUGCCGACAUUUACUAUACCUAAAUUGUUAAGGUGUACCUGCUCUUUGAGGUCUUUUCGCGAUGCAAAUUGUUGUUAACUGUUGUUGUUAAGAUAUAGAUUAUAUAUUGAUUACAAAAUUGUUAUGUAUAAACUUUACAUACUUAUACAAACGCAGAGAACAAUGAAAGUUUCUAUGCUUGUCUAGCUGCACACAUAUAAUUGUCCACAUUCACACACGCACACA